AAACAGAGUCUCAUAAGACAUAAACGAAUCCAUACAGGUGAGAAACUGUAUGCAUGUGAUCAAUGCGGUGAGGCAUUUAAAUUAGAACAUCAUCUCACUAGACAUAAACAAAUCCAUACCGGUGAAAGGCCCUAUGUAUGCGAUCAAUGUGGUAAGGGAUUAAGUCUAUCUUAUGAUCUCACAAGACAUAAACUAAUCCAUACCGGUGAAAGGCCCUAUGUAUGCGAUCAAUGUGGUAAGGGAUUUAAAUUAGAACAUCAUCUCAUAGAACAUAAACGGAUCCAUACAGGUGAAAAGCCCUUUGUAUGUGAUAAAUGUAGUAAAGCAUUUAGUCAAUCUGGUGAUCUCACGAGACAUAAACGAAUCCAUACCGGUGAGAAGCCCUGUGUGUGUGAUCAAUGUGGCAAGGCAUUUACUCGAUUAAACGCUCUCACUAUACAUAAACGAAUCCAUACUGGUGAGAAACCGUAUGUAUGUGAUCAAUGUGGUAAGGUGUUUAAAUUAGAACAUAAUCUCACUAGACAUAAACAAAUCCAUGCAGUUGAGAAACCUUAUGUAUGCGAUCAAUGUGGUAAGGGAUUUAAAUUAGAACAUCAUCUCAUAGAACAUAAACGGAUCCAUACAGGGGAAAAGCCCUUUGUAUGUGAUAAAUGUAGUAAAGCAUUUAGUAAAUCUAAUGGUCUCACAAGACAUAAACUAAUCCAUACCGUUGAGAAGCCCUAUGUGUGUGAUCAAUGUGAUAGGGCAUUUAGAUACAAAUGGAAUCUCAGAAGUCAUGAGCAUAUCCAUAUAGGUGACAAGCCCUAUGUAUGUGAUCCAUGUGGAAGGGCAUUUACGAGAUCUUAUGAUCUAACAGCACAUAAACUUAUCCAUACAGGUGAAAAUCUUUAUGUAUGUGAUCAAUGUGGUAAGGCAUAUGCUCGACAAUCUAAUCUCACAGCACAUAAACGAAUCCAUACAGGUGAGAAACCUUAUGUAUGUGAUCAAUGUGGUAAGGCAUUUAAUAAAAAACAGAGUCUCAUAAGACAUAAACAAAUCCAUACCGGUGAAAGGCCCUAUGCAUGUGAUCAAUGUGGUAAGGCAUUUAAAUCAGAACAUCAUCUCACAGAACAUAAACGGAUCCAUACCGGUGAGAAGCCGUAUGUAUGUGAUCAAUGUAGUAAAGCAUUUACUCGAUUAAGCCAUCUCACUAGACAUAAGCAAAUCCAUACAGGGGAGAAACCGUACGUAUGUCAUUAUUGUUAUAAGGCAUUUACUCAAUAUAGUAAUCUCGCAAAACAUAAACAAAUCCAUACAACGGGAGACGCCCUAGGUAUGUGAUCAAUGUGGUAAAAUAAUCCAAUCGACC